GCCCGGGCGGAACCGCGCCGCCCGGGGCGCGCCGGGCUGCGGGCGGGCUCGGCGCUCCCAGAAUUUACACAGAAGAGUGAUUAAAAAUUAAAAUGUCUUACAAGAUUUAAUAAGGCUCACUAGAGGCUGGAAAUUUCCUCGCAGAAGCUGAGAACCAGAAAAAGAACAGUCAUUGGAAACCUGAGUAGGAAACAAGCUGAAACAUGAGAUAUACUGCACAAUCUUGAAGUGAUAAUAUUAAAAUGCAGAUUUGGCUCCUGUUUGAGCUGAAACAAGAGGCCUUGAAUGCCCAGCCUUUGGGGUAACAAAGGGCAUGAAGACAGGUGACCCCAGCCAGGUGAAUGAACAACGGGGAAUAACAGCGGAGCUGGUGAUUGCCGACCUUUUGGAUAAGGUGACGCCAAUGCGAUGGACAAGCACGGAGUGGGAAGGCAGGAGGAGAAGGAAGAGCGGGACCGACGCCCCGGGGAGACUAUGAGGUUAUAAAACCCCGGGGGUUCUUGGGCUUGAGGGGCUUGGAUGUGUUUGGGCGCGCACUGUUCUUCCGCUGGCCAUGCUGCUGAGGUCUAGUGUGUAACAGAGAAAGGCGCCAGCGAGUCAGGAGCAAGGCCGGGGGUCCGGUCUUUGCGAAGCCGCUCGCUUUCCUUGUAGCCCUGGUUCCCGCAAGCCCAGGAGCGCGGGCGGCGGAGGCGCCGCUCCGUGCGGGGCAGAGCUCGGCGCCCUCGGCCCCGCCCGGCCCUGCUCCCUGCGGUGCUCUCCCGCCCGCUGCUCCUUUCGGUUUUCGUUUUCCUUCUGGCGCGGCGCGGGCGGUGCUGCGGGAAACGAAACUGGGCGGAGUCGGCGCGGCGCGAAAGGGUCCUCGGCUACCGGAGCGUCGGCAGCAGCUCGGAGCAUCUGUUGAAGAUUGUGUCAAAAUGGAUUGUGAGUAUUUCGCGAAUAUCAACCAUUACCGUCAAAUACAUAAAGCUACAGUGGUUUAUGACACCAUCAAUAUGACGGGCCCAUCUCAUGAUCCUGAGUUCACAGUUGUGGUCAAAAUAAAUGGUAAGGAAUAUGGCACAGGCACUGGUAAAAGUAAAAAAGAAGCAAAAGCAGUAGCAGCAAAAGAAACAUGGAAAAUGAUUGAGAAACAGGAGAGUCCCUCAAAUACGGCAGCUGCAGAGUUAAGGACAACUCAAACAACCUCAUCACCUCCACUAGACGAAGAUUAUGUCAGCCUAUUAAAUACCUAUUCACAAAAGAAUUCUCAAAUGGUUGAUUACACUAACAGAACUCGUACCGGAGAUGCCCAUGCUCCCAUAUAUUCUGUUAGCUGUACAAUUAAUGGUCAUGUGUAUGGAAGGGGCACUGGACGUUCCGUAGUUGCUGCAAAACAAGCUGCUGCAAAAGAAGCAUAUGAGAAGAUAAAUAAGGAAAGCUCUCUGACAGUGGAAACUGAAAGAUCUAAUGUCAGUUGUACAUCUUACUCAGAAAACAGCAUUUGCUUUGAUGACUCAGCUGCAAAGUUGGAAGAAAAUAUGAAAGACAUGGCGAUUUGUGACAAGCCUUCAUCUACUCAGAGAAAUGCACGAAGUGCUAUCCCGAAGCCCAUAAGAAUAUUGGCAGCUAAUUUUGCCAAUGUAAGAAACAAGGAAGAAGAAAAAACUACGUCAGAUUCAAAUGAAAGUUUGCCAGGCAUGGACACAAAUACUGGAGAAGAGAAUGGGAGACCACACACUGUCAAUAACACAUUUCUCGAUCUUUUUGAAAACAUAGAGCCUAUUGAUAAAGGUGGUUAUGGGACUGUUUUCAAGGCAACAUCGAAGUCUGAUAAGACAACCUAUGCAAUCAAACGAGUUGAAUUCACAGAGAAAGUAGAGCGUGAAGCAAAGGGACUUGCAAUUCUUACACAUGAGAACAUAGUGCGGUAUCAUUGCAGCUGGCGAGGGUAUGACUAUAUAAAGAACCGAGAUACAAGCAAGAAUUCAGGCAAAGAAACCCUCUGUCUUUUCAUCCAAAUGGAAUUCUGUGAACAAGGGACAUUGGAAACGUGGAUUACAAAAAAUAGUGAAAACCGACAGUAUCAUACAAUGGCACAAAACAAAUUUUUACAAAUAGUAAAAGGAGUGGAAUAUAUUCAUUCUAAAGGCCUAAUUCAUCGAGACCUCAAGCCUCAGAAUAUAUUCAUAUCCCGUGAUGAUAAAAUAAAAAUAGGUGACUUUGGUCUUGUGACUUCUGUGACAUAUGAGACUCUGACUGAGUACAAAGGAACAAAAUCGUAUAUGGCACCAGAACAGUUUGGGACCAAAUAUGGAAAGGACGUAGAUAUUUAUGCACUGGGAUUGAUUUGGUUUGAAAUUCUUUCGGCAUUUACUGCUCAUGAAAAAUCUAGGGUAUGGCCUUCUAUUAGAGAAGGUAGGCUUCCAGAGAGCUUCACCAAUCGAUUUCCGACAGAGGCAUCCACAAUCAAAAAGAUGCUUUCAACAUCAGGAAGAAUUACUAUAUCUCAUUUAUUUGACAUUGUUAAGUCUGUUGAUAGAGAGAAGGCACUUAAAAAUUAUUCUUGUUAAGUGUCCUUUCACACUGUGUUUAAAGCCAGAGUUUGAUGAAUUUAUUACAAUUGAUGAAGUGACAACAGAUGUCAGAAGCAACAGCAAGGCUUGGGGCAUAUCUGUUCCUCGGCCACAUGACCAUUCACGUCUGCCAGCUGUAACCAGGACAGGGCACUUUGCAAGAAAUCAUGUGCAAUUUUUACCUGGAAAUAUGGGUUGUGGAUGAGUUGGACUGUUUUGUACAAAAAGUAAUAGAAUCCAGUCCUUUUUCCCUCAAAGAUUAUGUUGAUGUGCUAAAGUGCUAACUGGGCUGUGGCAAAUCCCUGCAUGUGCUGCAUCCAUUGUCCCUUAUGGUUAUCUGUUGCUUUCUGUGGAAGAAGUGCUGUGUCUGGUAUGUGACUCAAACCUUUCUGAUUUGUUCAGUGAUACUUUCAAUAAUUCCUGGAAUUCCCCCAUUAAUACCAAGACUAGUUUUGGCAGAAAAUAUACAAGUAAUAGGUGAAUGUUAUUCCUCACUGAAUUUCAGUAUUUUAAGGCACGUCUUCUCAUCUCUUCACAGCUGCUGCUGACCUAGCACCUUCAAUGCUCCAGAAUUUAAACUUGUAAAAUAAGGAUUUCUUAAAAAUUUAAAUGUUAAACAUUCAGCUUCUAGGAAAUAUAAUUUAGGACAAAUCUCAGUUUUUGAAAACUUUAGGUUUUGAUGGCUGUCCUUUUUGGAAAGGAACACUCAAGGUGCUUUUAAUAUAGGAAAAUUCUCCAAUUGCCUCAGUAAUAAUAAUUUGAAAUCCUAGGCUGAGAGAGCACUUUAAACAUUCCCAUGCUUCUAGGUUUUAGUCCCUUAUUGUAAUACUGAGGCAUUCCUAACCCUUAAUAACUGUACUGAGUACCUCUAGUGUGCCCACUGCCAGCCUCACAGAAGGGAACAGCAGGUUCUCUGCUACUCUUCAUUUAUAUCCUUCAGAGUUCAGCCUUGCCUGAACUCAAAGUACUGUGUAUGGUGUGGGGAGCACGGUGAAAAGACAGGCACAUUGGACAUUCAGAUGCUUGUCUUUGAGCUCUAUCUUGUCAAACUGAUGUGGGGCCAACAAAACUCCAUAAGGGAAAAUGAGAAGAGAUUUCUAAGCAAAAAAAAAGGUAAAGUGGGUGACUGCUCUAAAAGAAGUAAUACAUAUGAAUUUAUUUAUAUUCUUAGGGAAAUUACUGAUGUUCUGGUGCAAGUGUUAGUUGCCAAAUAAGAAUGUGAUUGUACAUACUUUUGUAAGGCCUUACACUGUUUUCUUUUUUUUCUUUAUCAAGAAUCACAUAUAUAGAAUCAUAGAAUGGUUUGGGUUGGAAGGGACCUUAAAGAUCAACUCCCCUGCCCUUGGGGACACUUUCCAGUAGAUGACAUUACCUAAAGACUUGUUCAACCUGGCUUUGAACGCUGCCCACAAUGAGGUAUCCGUAGCUUCUCUGGGAAACUUGUUCCAGUGCUUCAUUACCUUCACAGUAAAGAAUUUCUUCCUAGUAUCUAAUACCAACCUUUUACUUCAAAGCCAUUCUCCCUUGUCCUGUCACUACAUGCCCUUAGAAAAAGCCUCCCUCCAGCUCUCUUGGCAUCCCCCUUUAUGUACUGAAAGGCUGCUCUAAGGUCUCCCCAGAGCCUUCUCUUCUCCAAGCUGAACAACUCCAACUCAAGCAACUCCAUUUGCCAGUUCCCUCAGGACCAGUGAGUGCCUGUCAGCAGGUCCCAAGGACUUGUGCACCUCUAGGUUCUGCAGAUUUUCUUGAAUCUGCUCUUCUCCUUGACAUCCCUGACCAGACUGAAUUCCAUCAGGGCUUUAUGCUUUCCUAACCUUAUCCUUGACUGGAAUUCAUAAAGUAUUUCAUUACUCUGAACUAAUUAGUAUUUCUUUGCAGUGGUCAAGAUCUGAGAGAAAUUAUAUAUCCUUACAGAAAAAAUACUACUAUUCCUGCUUUUUUUUCUCUUUAAUCUAUUGGGAUAAAAUUAACAUGUAGUUGGAUUUGAUGGUCUUAAAGGUCUGUUUCAACCUAAACAAUCCUAUGAGAGUAUUCAUAAUAUGAAAAUUGAUGUGUGCCAAUCUUUUUGAUGCAUUUCUUUUACAGUUUUUGGACAGAGUGAAAUGGUAUCAUUAGUAAUAGUAUCACUUGAAAUAGUGUCUUGCUGUACUGAGUUUGUCUCAGUAGUUUUUGAUACAUUUUCUCUGCAUAGUAUUUGUAUACUUCAUUAAUUUUUUAUAAAUGGUUAUAGUAGUGACUGCUGUUAAAAAAAGGUCUAAAUUAUAAAAUGUCAAUUAAAAUAUAUUAUGUAAAAAAAUGAAAACCCAUCAUUAUGAUCUAAUUCUAUUUAAUGAUGGAAAAUAUGCACCUUUAUAUGUAACAAAAAAUUGGUUCAUAUACAAAAAAAUUGAUAUUACUGUCAUGUUGCACAAGCUUUUUUCCCCCCACCAACUUUUAAGAUAGUAAGCAAAACCAGUCUGAUAUUUAGGCAUCUCUCUAAAGAUGAACAAGCCCUGUUUAACACUUUAUGUAAUAAAGUGAUUAGCCAGUA